AUGUAUAAAGACAAGCUGAAAGAUACCCCAAGGGAGGCUCUCAAUUGGAGACUGUGGUAUGGAGUACUGGUAUUUGGGCUCAUGGGGGCCGCCCGUGGCCUUGACGAAGGUCUCAUUGGAACCUCGUCAACGCAGCCCUCCUUCAUCAACCGGUUCGGGCUCAAGGACGAGGAUCUAUCCAAGCACGACCAGGCGCAGCUUCUCUCCAAUAUCACCAGCAUGGUCCAGAUGGGCUCCAUCCUAGGCGCGCUGGUGGGCUUCUACUUCAAUGACCGGCUCGGACGCAUAUGGGCAACGAGGCAGCUGUGCUUCCUCUGGAUCCUGGGAAUCGCCAUCUUCCUCGCCGCAGGAAGCAAUGGAUCCAUUGGCAUGGUCUACGCGGGCCGCUUCAUCGCCGGGAUUGGAAUCGGCCAGACGACCAUCGCCGGCCCAACCUACCUCGCCGAAGUGGCACCAAAGGCGAUUCGAGGCCUCUGCGUCACAGUCUUCUCCGGCUCGGUAUAUCUCGGGAUCAUGCUUGCGUAUUUUGCGAGUUGGGGCUCCUCGAUCCACAUUGGGGACGAUACUGAGGCGCAGUGGAUAGUGCCGAACUCCAUCCACAUCAUGUUCGCGGCGGUGAUCCUCGGUCUGUCCUUCUUCGCAGUCGAAAGCCCUCGAUGGCUGGUCAAGGUUGGGAAGGAUGACGUUGCUUUGCUCAAUCUCAGCAAGCUGCGUGGCCUCCCAGGGGAGCACCCAUUGAUUCAAGCGGAGCUCACGGACAUCAAAUGUGCCCUCGAACGAGAGCAGGAGGCAACGCGGGGUGCCGGCCCGAUCGGAAUUGUGAAAGAGCUCUUCCUCGACAAGGGCAACCGAUAUCGUAUCAUGAUGCUGUCUCUCCUCUCUCAGCUCCUGAGUCAAUGGUCAGGCGCUUCGUCGAUUACGAUUUAUGCGCCCGAAUAUUUCGCAAUGAUGGGUACGUCCGGCCAGAACGAGAAGCUCUUCGCGACAGCCAUCCUCGGAAUCGUCAAGUUUGUCUCCGCCAUCAUCUGUGCUCUUUUCCUAAUCGACUUCAUCGGGAGAAAGCGGUCGCUCUUGAUCGGUAUCACCCUGCAGCUCCUGAGUAUGUUAUACAUGGCGAUUUUCCUCGUCAGUGACAGUAACGUUGGGGAAGAGGAUGUGGUACAAUCUCCGAGUCAGAAACGAGCAGCGAUGGGUGCCAUCGUCAUGAUCUACCUCUCCGGCGCCGGUUGGGCCUUAGGCUUCAACAGCAUCCAAUACCUGAUCAAUUCGGAGAUCUACCCGCUAAGGCUGCGAUCGAUCGGCUCCUCCAUCGCGAUGACCUUCCACUUUGUGAAUCAGUACGGCAAUUCCAAGGCCGUGCCGCUGAUGUUCUUGGACAUGACCGAGGGGGGAACCAUGUUUUUCUUCACGGCUGUCACGUUACUCGGUCUGCUGUGGGCCAUUUUCCUGCUCCCCGAACUCAGUGGGAUGUCGUUGGAGUCGAUUGACCGGGUGUUUGAGCUUCCCUGGUGGCAGAUUGGACUUCGUGGUAGGAAAGUCGCGAAAGAGCAGAUUGCAUAUGCGGAGGCCUAUGACCGAGACGGGAAACAUGCUAUGGUUUCGUCGGAAGACGUCCAGACGGUCGAGCGCAAGGCAUAAAUGCUUCUCACUCCCCUGACCGGCUGCUUAGCUGGGGAUCCUCUAGCGAGUCUCCAAAAGAAUCCUAAAAUGAAAUGGGAUAGGCAUGCUGCUCUCCAAGAUUCGGUGUUCGAUGGGUGGUAUAUGUACAUACAUAAACACAGUCAUUAGCUUGCAUCUGAACGGCCGAAUGUCGGAUUCCAUUCAUCAGACUCCUGAAUCCUGACUCAUCACCGGCCUUAAGCGACGACUACACCCGUUGGGCAGCAUUUCGUGCACAUCCGGAGAUUGUUCAGUCAACCCAAUGACAGGAGGGUGACAUGAAUAAAAUACACCAUGGAACGAAAAUGUUUUAAGGCGUGUCGUUUUGGC